AUGAACCCAGCCAAAGACACCUGGUGUGGGAUCUUGGUCAAAGCUUUUGUUGUGAUCCAGUCCCAGCUGAGGAGAGGGGUCAGCCGCCGCCGAGCGAUCCGAGUUUCCGCCGGGGCUCCCCCGUUCCACGUGCAGGGCCCCCGGCCGUGUGCCGGGCUGAGGGCAGCCCCCGGGGUAUCCCGGUUUCCAGCCCCGCGCCGGCGGCUCACCUGGCCGGGCCGGGCCGGUGGGCGGCAGACUUUGCCUCCAGCCUCUAUAAAAGGUAACGGCGGCGUGAGUCAGAGCCGCCGCCGCCGCCUCGUCCCCGCCUGCUCUCACGUACGCGCAGCCCGGCAGGCAGGCAAGGCACGGAGCGGAGCUGCCGCCGGCCGUCCCGCAUCUGCACCCGCACACUUGCUGGAGAUGAAGCGCGCAGCGCUGCGGGUCUGCCUACUGCUCUUGGCCGCCCUGGGCCGCCCCGGCGCCGGCAGCGAGCACGACGAGAAGCACAGCGACGACGAUCUCUCGCUCCUCUCGCACUCCCCGGAGCAAGGUCCUGGCCACAGUCACUGGAGCUAUGAAGACCGGGAGCACUGGGGUGCGGACUACCCAGACUGUGCCGGCACUUUACAGUCACCCAUCAACAUCGACACAGCCAAGACCAUCUUCAGCCCACAGCUGCGGCCAAUACAGCUCUCUGGCUACAGUCUGCCUGCCAAGGAGAAUCUCAGGCUGACAAAUAAUGGGCAUACAGUUCAGCUCAAUCUGCCUGAGUCACUGGCUAUCACUGGCGGCUAUGCCCAGCAGUACCGAGCUGUGCAGCUGCACCUGCACUGGGGCUCCCUGUCGGGACAUGGCUCAGAGCAUACCGUCAAUGGGCACCGCUUUGCUGCGGAGAUUCAUGUGGUGCACUACAACACCAAGUAUGACAGCUUUAAAGAGGCAAUGGUCCAUCCAGAUGGCCUGGCUGUACUGGGAGCCUUCCUGGAGGUUGGGCCAAGGGAGAACCCAUACUAUCAGGAAAUACUUGAGCACCUGUACAACAUCCAAAAUGAAGGUGAGGAAGUCAUGGUGCCUGGAUUCAACAUUGCAGGUCUGCUGCCUGCUAACCUCAAAUUCUACUUCCACUACAAUGGCUCUCUGACCACUCCUCCCUGUUACCAGACAGUGAAGUGGACAGUCUUCAACCAGACCGUGCUGCUCUCUCGGGACCAGAUGUCCAUGCUGGAGAUGACCCUGAGAAACGAUGAUGGCCAACCUCUGCAGGACAACUACCGGCCAGUGCAGGGCCUGCACCGGCGACAGGUGCUGGCGAGCUUCCAGACCUCCCUUUCCUCAGCAAAGCAGCUGCCUUCUGGUAAUGAAGGCUCAUCAGCAACAGAAGGACACUCCAGCUCUUCAUUUCAUGCAGGGGAUGUGCUGGCUGUGCUCUUCGGGGUGCUCUUUGCCAUCACGGCGGUGGCCUUCCUGCUGUACAUCCUCAAGCACCGCAGCCAGAAUGCACGGCUGGACUCACCGGGCAAGUCCAAGGUCAUCUACACAGCAGCUACCACUGAGAACACUGCAUGAGCCCCAUGCCUCUGGCACUCUCAGUCCUACUGGCUCAGCCUGCCACUCUUUCUCCCACCCUAAGCUGUGGGAGAGCCAGCAUGCCAGCCCCACUUGGCCGCAUGGGCUGCCCACACAGACUGUUUCCUGGGGAUAUUUUUGUUACAAAAUUGGUAAAAAUAAAUUAAAAAAAAAUAUUAAAAUGUCAAA